UACGAGAGUGAACAUGAACGAGGCCGAGGGCUCCGUGUACGAGACAGGGGAUAUAAGGCCAUGUAGUAUAUACCAACGAAGAUACACUGAUUGCAAAUCAAUUGCAAACUUUCUCCACUCUUUCUAUGUGUACGGAAAGAAGCCAAACUGUGAACAAUUUAAACUAGAUUACAAUAUUUGUAAAAUUUGGGACAAUACUGGAUCUAAAGAAGCAAAGGAUACACUUCUAGAAAAUGAGAGAAGACGAAAUGAGGAGAAUAACAAACAUAAGCAUGUAUGGGAAAUGAGGACGUCACCUCCCUCUGAUUGGCAUAAACCAUUAAAAGAAGUGGAACAAGCUGCAAAAAAUAAUUCAGAGGAAAUUUUGUAACAUUUUAUUAGACUGAAAAUACUUGUCCUGGCAGUUAAGGACCAUAGUUUAUAAUUUAAAUGGUACUUUAGACAAUCAUAGUUUUAACUAAAUGCCUACUAGCAAGAAACUUAUAAAUGAUAAUAAAUCUUUUUUAUAAAAACAAACA